AGCUGCGGCGCGUGACGCGGGGCGCGCGGCUCCGGCGGCUACCGCGGGCGGGCGCAGGCGACGGGGACGGCGGGCUAGCGGGCGGCAUGGCGGCGGCAGGGCUCGCGUCAGGGCCGACGGGGCCCGAGCCCAUGCCAAGCUACGCGCAGCUAGUGCGGCGCGGCUGGGGCAGCGCGCUGGCGGCGGCGCGGGGCUGCACGGACUGCGGCUGGGGGCUGGCGCGCCGCGGCCUGGCCGAGAACGCGCACCUGGCGCCGCCCGAGCUGCUGCUGCUGGCCCUAGGCGCGCUGGGCUGGACCGCUCUGCGCUCCGCGGCCACCGCGCGCCUCUUUCGGCCCCUAGCGAAGCGGUGCCGCCUCCAGCCCAGAGAUGCCGCCAAGAUGCCAGAGAGUGCUUGGAAGUUUCUCUUCUACCUGGGCAGCUGGAGCUACAGUGCCUACCUGCUUUUUGGCACCGACUACCCCUUCUUCCAUGACCCACCCUCUGUCUUCUACGAUUGGACGCCGGGCAUGGAGGUGCCACGGGACAUUGCAGCUGCCUACCUGCUCCAGGGAAGCUUCUACGGCCACUCCAUCUACGCCACGCUGUACAUGGACACCUGGCGUAAGGACUCGGUGGUCAUGCUGGUCCACCACGUGGUCACCCUCGUCCUCAUCGUGUCCUCCUACGCCUUCCGGUACCACAAUGUGGGCAUCCUUGUGCUUUUCCUGCACGAUAUCAGCGACGUGCAGCUUGAGUUCACCAAGCUCAACAUCUAUUUCAAGUCCCGCGGCGGCUCCCACCACCGGCGGCAUGCCCUGGCGGCAGACCUGGGCUGCCUCAGCUUCGGCUUCAGCUGGUUCUGGUUCCGCCUCUACUGGUUCCCACUCAAGGUCCUGUACGCCACGAGUCACUGCAGCCUGCGCGUGGUUCCUGACAUCCCCUUCUACUUCUUCUUCAACACGCUCCUGCUGCUGCUCACCCUCAUGAACCUCUACUGGUUCCUGUACAUCGUGGUGUUUGCAGCCAAGGUGUUGACGGGCCAGGUGCGAGAGCUGAAAGACCUUCGGGAGUAUGACGCAGCGGAGGCCCAGAGCCUGAAGCCCAGCAAAGCCGAGAAGCCACUGAGGAACGGCCUGGUGAAGGACAAGCGCCUCUGAACCCCUAGGCCCCGCCCCCGUGGACCCGGCCCCACCCGAAAACCACGCCCCCAUCCGUGGCGCUCCCCCACCCCCUCCUCUACCUCUGGUCCUCUAGGGUCGCAGCCACCUCCCUUGGGACCCCCGCCGCCUCAUCCUGCCUCUACUCCCCGGCCACGCCCCCCAGGACCCCCUGCCCCUCUAGGAACACUGGCCCCGCCCUCAGCCCACUGGUCCCGCGCCGCGGUGGACCCUGCACACACACUGUCCAUCGCCUGGAAGGAAGAUGCCACCGCCGCGGCAAGGUCCCAGCUGCCACCACCACCACCUCCUCCUCCUGGCCCUGCUGCUGCCCUCGCUGCCCCCGACCCGCGCCCACGUGCCCUCAGGCCCCGCUACCGCCGCCCUGCUCCAGGCUCUCGGACUGCACGAUGCGCCUCAGGGCGCCCCCAGGCUCCGUCCGGUUCCCCCGCUCAUGUGGCGCCUGUUUCGACGCCGGGACCCCCAAGAGACCUGGUCGGGCUCGCGACGGACGUCCCCAGGGGUCACCCUGCAACCGUGCCACGUGGAGGAGCUGGGGGUCGCCGGAAACAUUGUGCGCCACAUCCCGGACCGAGGUGCGCCCACCCGGGCCCCGGAGCCUGCCUUGGCCGCGGGGCAUUGCCCCGAGUGGACCGUCGUCUUCGACCUGUCGGCUGUGGAACCCGCUGAGCGCUCGAGCCUGGCCCGCCUGGAGUUGCGUUUCGUGGCGGCGGCGGCAGCGGCUCCGGAGGGCGGCUGGGAGCUGAGCGUGGCGCUGGCGGGCCAGGGUGCAGGCGCGAGCCCCGGGCCGGUGCUGCUCCGCCAGGCGGUUCCCACCCUGGGGCUGCCGGUGCGCGCAGAGCUGCUGGGCGCCGCCUGGGAUCGCAAUGCCUCGUGGCCGCGUAGCCUCCGCCUGGCGCUGGCGCUGCGCCCCCGGGUCCCUGCGGCCUGCGCGCGCCUGGCUGACGCCUCGCUGCUGCUGGUGACCCUCGACCCGCGCCUAUGCCACCCUCUUGCCCGGCCGCGGCGCGGCGCCGAACCCGUGUUGGGCGGCGGUCCUGGGGGCGCGUGUAGCGCACGGCGGCUAUACGUGAGCUUCCGCGAGGUGGGCUGGCACCACUGGGUCAUCGCGCCGCGCGGCUUCCUGGCCAACUAUUGCCAGGGUCAGUGCUCGCUGCCCGCCGCGCUGUCUGGGCCCGGGGGUCCGCCUGCGCUCAACCACGCCGUACUGCGCGCGCUCAUGCACGCAGCCGCCCCUGGAGCCGCCGACCUGCCCUGCUGCGUGCCCGCGCGCCUGUCGCCCAUCUCCGUGCUCUUCUUUGACAACAGCGAUAACGUGGUGCUGCGGCAGUAUGAGGACAUGGUGGUGGACGAGUGUGGCUGCCGCUAACCAGGCGCAGGCAGGAAUGCGGGCCCAAUAAACGCCCCCGUGGUCUGCUCUGCUGGUCUCCUCGGACUCCUUGCCUGGGGGUGGGGGUGGUGACCUCCGACCCAAGGUGAAGCAGCCCCCAUAGGCCCAGGUGCUGCCCACGGGAGGGACCCAGGGGCAGGGGUCGCCCUCGUUCAGUCCUGCAGGCAGCUGUGUCCUUUCUGGGCUUUGCCUCAGUCUUCCUCUGGAUUCCUUCAUACCCCGACCCCUCACCCAGGCGGGGCCCCAGCCCCCUCCGUCCCCUGCAGUUCAUCCAGCCCUUGGUGUGUAGGCAAAACUGUUUAUUAAUAUUUUAUUGGUGACAAAAGAAUUUAAAUUGACCAAAAAUCAAGAGUUACAUUGCCUUGGUACAGCGCGCCUGGGUUUGUCAAGGUCAGUGGCUGCUGCUACACAGCUGGAGAACACAGCACAGGGCGAAGCAGAGGCAAAGGGGCCCAGCCCAACAGCUGGGGUGGGGCGGCAGCGCCCCUCAGGCCACUGCAGGGUCACAGCGGAAACCUAGCCGGGACUGUGCCUCUACACGGCCUGCCGGAAGAAGGGGAAACCGAAAGCCCUAGAGCAAUGGGAAUAAAUAUGAGUCCCUGCCAGAAGGAAGGCGGCCUGUACGUCCCCGUCUGUCCCAUGCAGAAGCGGGAACCUGGACGCGUUCAGCGCAGUGCCAGGGACAGCCCCAGGCCCAGGCUGGGGGAGGCUGCAGGCCUGGCCACCAGGCAGAAUGAUGCCCCAAGCUAGGUGUUCGAGGGGCUGGAGCAGCUCUCCCAGCUAAAACGACCCCGCACUCCCAGCCUCUCACACAGAACGUGAUUUCUGUGACUUGUUUCCUUACCCCAACGGCAGCCAUGGCCCCAUCAGCAAAGCUGCUUGACAGGCAGAGCUCCCACUUCAGGGGAGUGCUGUGUAGCGCCCUGUGUCUAACCAGCGCAGGACUGUGGUACCUGCUGGGGACGGGGACAGGCCCUCUUGUCCUUCCACCAAAUCCUUCGAAGGACCCCGGGAGAAAGCCAUCGAUCCGGGAACAGCCACAUUCUCAGCCCCUGGCCACAGGGUCAGUCCUGGCCAAGGCGCGUCUCAGUGAGGCCAAAAGCACGUUCCUCACAGGCUCAGGGCCCUUCGCGGAGUCCGGGCAGGAAGCAGCUUGGCUUCUGAGUCCAGCGGAGAACGAGCACCUUCCAGGCUCGGCAGGCAGCUACCCCAGCGGCCUGAUCACCCGCUUCUUGAAGCCGUUGGAAGCUAAAACCUACAACAAAAAUCCUCUGGGCCUAGGCACAGGUGUUGCUCCUCUUCUCCAGUGGCGCUGGCUUGUUUAAACUGUGUUUCUGGAAGCUUCUCGUAUCUCCCAGGUCCACCGCUAAGAUUUUAGAUAUAAACUUAGGAAAGUAUUUUUCAGUACUCCUUUAAAAGAAUCUUG